UCUUGAAAAACAAAUAAGCCGACAGGAAGCCCAUGCUGUUUGCAGUCCUCCACUCUUGUGCUGAUGUCAACAGGCACUCUGCGCUCUCGACUGUAUCGGUGCUUAGGAAAGUCUUGGUCUCACACUUGGAUGUGCGGUGUGCUUGUGACAUCAGUAAGUCGUCGUCGAGUGGGAUGUUCGAGUAUUACGGAGGUUUCGCGCUGUAGAAUUAAAGCGCCAAGAACAACACGGGCGGCACUCCACUCACCAACUCUCGAUUGUCCCUGCAUUAGAAAGCACCUCGGAGUGUGGAGUUUGUGGCUUCGGAAGACGGAAGCUGAAACGAUGGCACGACGACUCGAAUGGACUCGACUAGAGUGCCGGACAUCGGACGUUUUCUUCGUCACUUUGACGCCAGAGGAAUGCUGACUAUGAUUUGACCCUCACGAGAGAUUUGGCUUACUCUUUUUGGAUAAAGGAAGCACCUCGUCAUGCGUCUGUGGGGGGUGCGCUUUUGGAGAGGUGCGCACAUAUUGUACUUGUAAUGUUUGUCACCUCCGGCGCAGAUCUCGCUUUGGCAUCCCGAGCCACGAGCGCUUCGCCGCAGAUGCGCUAUUCCAGCAGUCCCACCGCAGAACUGCUGCAGCUGCCCAAUGCCACGUUGUACCAGUGCGCCGAGCAGCUGCUGGACUUCGGCUUGGCCGAGAAGGUUAUCAUCGGCGCGAUGCUGACGCUCAUCACCGUGGUGACUGUCAUGGGUAACACUUUGGUGGUGAUCGCCGUGUCAGUGGUCAAGAAGCUACGACAGCCUUCCAAUUAUCUCCUGGUGUCUUUGGCCGUGGCGGACCUAUCUGUGGCCGUGGCGGUUAUGCCCUUUGUCAUUGUGACUGAUCUCACGGGCGGCAUGUGGCUUUUUGGGGAGGUCUUCUGUAACAUCUUUAUUGCCAUGGAUGUCAUGUGCUGUACGGCCUCCAUAAUGACCCUCUGCGUCAUUAGCGUGGACAGGUAUCUGGGCAUCACACGACCUUUGACCUAUCCAGCCAGGCAGAACGGGCAGUUGAUGGCCAAGAUGAUUUUGGGGGUUUGGCUGGUGUCAGCGUCCAUAACCCUUCCUCCAUUCUUCGGCUGGGCUCAGAACGUCAACACUGAAGGCUUGUGUCUGAUCAGCCAAGACUUUGGCUACACCAUCUACUCCACUGGAGUUGCCUUCUACAUCCCCAUGUUGGUCAUGCUCGUCAUGUACUAUAAAAUCUUUAAAGCUGCUCGCAAGAGUGCAGCCAAGCACAGGUUCUCUGGCUUCCCUCGGCAAAAGGACCUGGAAACUGUGGCCAACGAUGGACUCAAGAUGCAACGUCUGAAGCCUCCCGGGAUGGCGGAGGAGUGUGCUGCCUUGUCAAGGUUCCUCGGCCGAGAACGCAAGAAUAUCUCCAUUUUUAAAAGAGAGCAGAAGGCCGCCACCACCCUUGGUGUCAUUGUUGGGGUCUUCACCAUCUGUUGGUUGCCUUUUUUCAUCCUAUCGACCGCAAGGCCCUUCAUUUGCGGCAUUGAGUGCAGCUGUAUCCCAAUUUGGCUGGAGCGCACCCUGCUUUGGUUUGGAUACACCAACUCACUCAUGAAUCCCUUUAUUUAUGCCUUCUUCAACCGAGACUUGCGUUCCACCUAUAAAGAUCUCCUCCGCUGCCGAUAUCGCAACAUUAACCGGCGGCUCUCUGCAGUGGGGGUGCACGAGGCCUUGAAGGUGUGAAUGUAGUCACACUGAGCUCUACUGAGAUGUACCAUCUCAUGUGCAAAGUAACCCUUGUGGAGUAAAUGAUCCUCAUUCUGAGAUAAGAGGUGGCAGAGUGGGAUUGCAUCUACAAUACACAUCCAUAAACUGUGUCGAUGAGGGUCAACGUAAAGGGAAUAGCAUUUACAGCGCCUGCUUAACCAAGAAUUCUGCUUCUUACAAGCAAUCCACACAGGGCACAGCCAGUCAAAAUGGUGACUGAGGAAAAACUGGACAAUGGUGGCUUUCACACAUGAUCACAAAAAUUGGACUUUACACAUUCCUUAGCAGGAUGCCGAAGCAGGAGUAAAAAGAGGUACGGUGUGCACAGGCCUUGAUCGAUGCCUGAAGGAGACCUGAAGCAAUCUGGGUGAAUAUCUGAUAAGACGAAACUGUCCGUUUGCUUAGACUCCUGCUAAGAUGUGUGGGCCUCAGAAGAAUGGGAGACAGGCUGUUGGCAUUCUUCAAAAUAUCCAUCUGGCCAUUUGUUUUCAUUUCUCAUUGAUCAUCAAGUUGCAAAUAUGACAUAUGCUGCCUUAACUUUAGAAAAUAACUAAUAUGGCUUUAAGGUGUGAAGGAGCAUGCUGUCUAGUUGGGGCCAGUCCAAUGAGCUACCACCCUCUUGUCCAUUUACAAUAGAAGACUUUAGGUCAGUGCCAGCUGAUAUGGAACCUGGAGGCCCUGAAUGUUCCCAGCAUGGCAGGCCGCAGUGAUUCAAGUGUUUGAGGGCUGACCAUGGAGGCCUAAGCUGGAACAAGUUGGCGAUACUUAUAGAGGAUUCUUCAUAUUUGCAGUGGAACUGAGUGAUUCCGGUCCUUUUCUUUUUUUGUAAAUCUUCACAUUGAGUGCUAAACAUCUUGAAAUAUUUAAAAAAACAAAUAAAGAUAUAUGCAAGACAGAAUGGUGAGAAAUGUUUCUGACUUUGAAGUAACAUGUUACCUGCAAUCUUCAGACAGAAAAAAAAGUUAAAAGUGGCUUUUCUCUACAAGCCAAGCUGUGAUUAAAGUGGGUUGGGAGCAGAGUCAGCGGUGACCCAGGAUCAAAGCAUACCUCAGUUCAUCAGUUGUCAUA